AUGGGGCUCUUCAGCAAGAAGCGGCAGCAGUCGCCCUCUGGCAGCGCUUCUGGGCAGCCCUGUGCGGCUGCUGCCGCCACCAGUGGCUACGAGCUCCGGGAGGAGGACCUGGGCAGGCUGCACCGCGCGGCUGCCCGCAGCGACCUGGCCUGGCUGAGGCGGUGGCGCUGGUGGCUGAAGAGAGUUGGCAUCGACAGGCGAGACAAGGAGAAGCGGACACCUCUGCAUCUCGCUAGUGCGAACGGCCACGCGGAUGUUGUUAGAUUUCUAGUACAAGAGAACUGCCAGCUGAACGUUGCUGACAAUUUCAAGAGAUCGCCACUGAUGAAGGCAGUGCAGUGCCAGCAAGAAGAAUGUGUGGCUAUUCUGCUAGAGCAUGGUGCCGACCCAAAUCUGGCAGACGCUGACGGCAACACUGCCCUUCACCUGGCUGUCCUAUCGCCUAAUACAACUGUAGCGGGGCUGUUACUUGAGCAUAAUGCCAAUAUUGAUGCUCAGAACCAGGAGGGAUAUACCCCCCUUAUUCUUGCUGUCGCCGAACACCAUCAGGAGAUGGCAGAGUUUCUUCAAAAAAAAGGAGCGGACAGGCAUGCUCAAGAUCAGCGUGAAAGUAAGCCACUGGCAGAAAACGUGGACAGUGAGAACACAGAAGAAUCUUCUGCAGGUGGUGCAGCAGACAAGGCAGUUCUCAGCAGCUCCUGCCCUGUGAGGACUGCUGACUUUACACGGGCUGCACUUGCUCAGGACGGAGGAGGUGCCCUCCCAGUGGGAGGAGCAGAGCAAAAAGAAGAUGCUGAAUCUCCUGGGGAUUUCGAGGACUGGGUCACACAGCUGCAGCAGGAGCUGGCCGAUGCUCUUAAAAAGCAAGCUACGUCAGAAGCUUCACUGGAAGUUACUAUGCACUACCACAAUGACCUGGAGGAAGACAAGCUGCGCUUGCAAAUGGAACUGGACAGGGUUGAAGCCGAGUUGCGGGAGUUGGAAGAACAGCAUCGUCAGUCUGAGCAUUGUGUUCGUGACUUGAAGACUGCCUUGGAUGAUAAGGAAAGAGAAGUAAUAGCUUCCUCCCAGAAACUGCAGGACCUCCUGUUGGCAUCUUCUGGGACUAAUACUACUAUAAAACAACUGGAGGAACACGUGCAACGCCUUGAAAUUGAAAAUGCCAGAUUGGAAGCCACAGUCCAGCAACAAAGCAAUAGGAUUGAAGCCCUUCAGAGAGACCUGCAAGCCUCUGCCUCAAUGAAAAAGCAGAAUGUGCUGGCUCUGACAUCAAAGGACUUACACAGCACGUGGGAAGGGCAACUGAAGUCAAGAUCCCACCGUGAAGAGCGUGUUGGUCAGAGUGACAGGGAAAAGGCUGAACUCUUGGAACAGCGUGACAGUAAAGCACAGCAAGUGAAGAAGCUGGCAGAGGAGGUAUGCAGAAACGAAGUGCAUCUGUGCGAAGAAUUGAGAAUAAACUUCGAAUUGUACAAAGACUGUGAGAGGUUGAACAGGCUUCUGAGCAGAGCUACAAAGAAACUCCGUGUGUAUGAGGAGAGCGAGAUGGAGUCCCAGCUUAGUUUACAGGGAGAAAUGAAGAACAACUGCUCUGAAAUGGUCAGUGAAGAUGGUAGAUUAAGAACAAAGCUGAAGAGACGACAUCAUUACCGAUCGGAAGAUGCUGGAGCAGAGAAGUCCCAAAAGUCCAGAAAGCAAGGAGUGGUUAUACUGAGAUGAAACAUUUGCCUUCCACCUACUAAUUCAGGGACUGGAGCUGCCAGGCAGU